AUGUCCGCCGGACGCACAGAGGAAACCGCGGGGAGCGCGGAGACGGCGUGCGUGACAGGCGCCGGCGGGUACAUCGCCUCGUGGCUCGUCAAGCUCCUCCUCUCCCGCGGCUACACCGUCCACGGCACCGUCCGCGACCUCAGUGACAAGAAAACCGCUCAUCUGAAGCGGUCAGAGAAUGCUUCUGAAAACCUCAAGCUUUUCAAGGCUGAUCUCCUCGACUAUGAUGCUAUGGCAGCUGCGAUCGCAGGAUGCCAGGGAGUCUUUCAUGUCGCCACUCCACGAGAAAUGCUGGGUCCUGCUGUUACUGGCACCAUAAAUGUACUCAAGGCUGCCUCUGCUGCAAAUGCUCGGCGAGUGGUCGUCGUUUCAUCCAUGGUUGCUGUUGAGAUCAACCCGAAAGAUUGGCCUAAAGACAAGAUCAAAGAUGAGAGUUGCUGGUCAGAUAAAGAAUUCUGCAGGAAUGAUGAGAACUGGUAUUCUGUUGCCAAGAUUUCAUCAGAAGAGGCUGCACUUGAACAUGGGAAACAAACCGGGCUGGAUGUUGUAACUGUCAACCCAGCUCUGGUCUUUGGUCCUCUUCUGCAGCCAACGCUCAACACAAGCUGCCAGUUCCUCGUCUACUUCCUGAAAGGAGGACCUGAUCAAAUGAGGAACAAACUUUGGCACAUCGUUGACGUUCGGGACACUGCUGAUGCUCUUCUGCUGGUCUAUGAGACACCCGAAGCCUCCGGCAGGCACAUCUGUGCUCCUCAUGUCAUCAGCGCCCGUGGCCUGCUGGACAUGCUGAAGAGCAUGUACCCUGAUGAUUACCCUUUCCUUAGCAAGGAGAGCAUCUAUGACAUGGACCACCCAGCUCCAAUGACGUCCGAUAAGCUGAAGAAGCUGGGAUGGAAGGUCAGGCCGCUAAAGGAAACAAUUGUGGAGACCGUCGAGUUCUGCCAGCAGGCUGGGUUUCUCGAGGACCUGGAGGGGACUCCCUGCCGUUUUCCUCCCUUAUACAACAUAAUCUAG